AUGGCUUUUAUUUCACGAUCUUUGAGUGGUCUGUGGAUAAUAUAUACUGUUGUGGCGAUUCUUUUACCGCUCAGCAAUGCGAUCCAGCCACAGGAACCACUACAAGCUGCUAUAGAUGUGCCCAAGCGGGUGGCUGUCAUCGGAGCCGGUGCUGGAGGCUCUUUUGCUGCGUACGAGCUCCGCAAACUUGCGGAUGAGGCUGGGAUUCCACUCGACGUCACUGUCUACGAGCGUGCCUCAUACAUCGGAGGACGCUCGACGACAGUAAACGUAUUUGAUCACCCAGCAUACCCAAUCGAGCUGGGAGCCUCGAUCUUCGUCGAGGUUAACGAAAACCUGGUGAAUGCCUCCCGUGACCUAGGUCUUACUGUUAGUGCUGCCGACCAUGGGCGGCCUCGGGAAUCCGAGGAAUCGAUCGGUAUUUGGGAUGGAAAACAGUUUGUGUUUACCAUGAAGAAUUCCUAUAGCUGGUGGAAUCUUGGUCGGCUUUUCUGGCGAUAUGGGAUGGCUCCGCUACGUACGCAGAAUCUAAUGAAGGAAAUCGUGGGCAAGUUCCUGCGUCUAUACGAGGAACCCCUCUUUCCGUUCCAGUCGCUGUCCGAGGCUGCCGCUGCAGUCGGUUUGCUCAACGUUACUGCGUCGACCGGUGGUGACUUUCUUGCAUCCAGCUCGAUCUCCUCGUUGUUCUCUCGGGAGAUCAUUCAAGCAAGUACUCGCGUCAACUAUGGCCAGAAUUUGGGCUUGAUUCACGGUCUGGAGUCAAUGGUCUGUAUGGCCACAGAUGGGGCUGUGUCGAUCGAUGGUGGAAAUUGGCGAAUCUUUGAUGGAGCUGUCAAAGCUGCAAAGGCCGAUAUCAAAUUGGAUACUACCGUCACUGGAGUCGUUCGCAAUGAUGACGGGACUAUCCGAAUCACAUCGCACCCGAGCGCUGAGCUUGACUCUCCUCAGUCUGUUGAUGAGACUGAGUUCGAUGAGGUCAUCAUUGCUGGGCCGCUGCAGUAUUCUGGUAUUUCCAUAUCUCCGCCACUGGAGCACAUCCCAGACGAGAUUCCAUAUGUGAAGUUGCACGUCACUCUUUUUGCCUCGCCUCAUCGAAUCUCCCCAAAGUAUUUUGGACUUGACGGGAAGAAGGAUGAAGUUCCAGAAGCCAUUCUCACAACCCUUCCCGAAGGCCUGGAUCUAGGACAGAACCCACACGGCGUCGGGCCCGCUGAAUUCUGGAGUAUCAGCACACUCCAAACUGUUGAUUAUUCAGCCGUGAAGGAUGGGGAAGUGCAGCAAGAGGUGCACUACGUGUACAAGAUAUUCUCACCUGAACGACCUACGGCCGAAUUCAUCGCGCAGAUAUUUGACAUUGACUAUCGACAAGACACUGGCUCGAUAACUACUCCACAUGCCAACACUACCAUUGGCGAUCUGCCCAAGACGGAGAUUAGUUGGUUUCACGAGAAGCUUUGGCACCCUUAUCCGCUUUUAUACCCGAGAGUAACCUUUGAGGAGACUCUCCUGGCUCCUGGUGUCUGGUACACUAGUGGAAUUGAGAGCUUUAUCUCGACGAUGGAGACUAGCGCCUUGAUGGGUCGCAACGUUGCCACGCUCAUGGUACAGUCGUGGAAGAAGGAAAAUGAGAACAAAAGUGGCUCAUCAUCGAGUGUGAAGACGGAGCUCUGA